CCCCAAUCCCCUGAGCUGAGGCUGAAUCCCACCAUCGCUGCUGCUGCCGCUUUUCUACCUCGCCCCGCUUUCCCUCCUGUGGCGGCAGCCCCAAGAACCCCGCCCUCCCCCAAUCGCUGGGUCUCUCGUUGAAAAUUGGUUCUUGGUGCGAGCUUGUUGGAGGUGGAGGGAGGGAGGGAGGUUGGUGGGAUGUAGUGGAAGAAGAGGAGGCGACGAGGAGGGGAUGGAGGAGAUGAGCGGGGGGCGUUGGAGGGCGGCCGGGAAGGUGAGGGUGGUGGGGAUGGAGGAGGGGGGCAAAGGGGCGGCGUUCCUGGGGCUGGACAGGGUGGGGCUGGUGCUGAGGAUGCUGCCGGUGCCGGAGAAGGUGACGGCGAGGGCGAGGGGGCUGCGGGGCUCUCGGCUGCUGGCGCACCUCCGCGGGUGGCGGGUGGUGCGGGAGAGGUGGUGGUGGAUGCUGCACCUGUGGAUCGCCUUCUGGACGCUCGUCUCCUUCUCCCUCUUCCUCGCCAUGAACUCCCAGGCCGUCGACAAGCGCCGCGACUCGCUCGCCAGCAUGUGCGACGAGCGCGCCCGCAUGCUCCAGGACCAGUUCAACGUCAGCAUGAACCACCUCCAGGCCCUCGCCAUCCUCGUCUCCACCUUCCACCACUCCAAGAACCCCUCCGCCAUCGACCAGAUGACGUUCGCGAGGUACGCGGAGCGGACGGCGUUCGAGCGGCCGCUGACGAGCGGGGUGGCGUACGCGGUGCGGGUGACGCACGCGGAGCGGGAGCAGUUCGAGCGCCACCAGGGGUGGAGCAUCAAGAAGAUGUACUCGUCCAAGUCGCCGGGCCCCGGCGACGCCGCCGUCGCGGAGAUCCAGGAGACGGCGGAGGAGUACGCCCCCGUCAUCUUCGCCCAGGACGCCUACAAGCACGUCAUCUCCUUCGACAUGCUCUCCGGGAAUGAGGAUCGUGACAACAUACUGCGUGCUAGAAAAUCUGGGAAGGGUGUCCUGACUGCUCCUUUCAAGCUACUGAACAAUCGCCUCGGAGUGAUCUCGACAUACACUGUUUAUAAGUCGGAGCUCCCUGCAAAUGCGAGGCCACAAGAACGCAUCCAAGCCGCUAUAGGCUACUUAGGCGGCAUUUUUGACGUAGAAGCGCUCGUCCACAAGUUACUUGAACAGCUCGCGAGCAAGGAGUCGAUUAUGGUGAAUGUGUAUGAUACAACCAAUGAGAGCCGAAUCAGUAUGUAUGGUAAUGAUACAGGGAGUGGUAUGUGCAUUGUCAGCAUGCUAAACUUUGGUGAUCCAUCCAGAAAGCAUGAGAUGCAUUGCAGGUUUGGGGAAAAGCCACCAUGGCCAUGGUUGGCCAUAACGUCGUCAGUUGGAACUCUUGUGAUUGCUUUACUGACUGGUCACAUAUUUAAAGUUACUGUCCAACGGAUUGCUAAAGUUGAAGAUGAUUUCCUAAAGAUGAGCGAUCUCAAGAAGCGUGCAGAAGCUGCGGAUGUUGCAAAGUCACAGUUCCUGGCUACUGUUUCACAUGAGAUCAGAACUCCAAUGAAUGGUGUUCUAGGGAUGCUCCAAAUGCUCAUGGAUACUGAUUUGGACACAACGCAGCAGGACUAUGUUAGAACUGCUCAAGCUAGUGGAAAAACUUUGGUUUCUCUCAUCAAUGAGGUUCUUGAUCAGGCAAAGAUUGAGUCUGGUAAACUUGAGCUUGAGACAGUGCCCUUUGAUCUCCGAACAGUCUGUGAUGACAUCUUGUCUCUGUUCUGUGGGAAAGCUCAGGAGAAAGGACUGGAGUUGGCGGUGUAUGUCUCGGAUCAAGUUCCACAGAUACUUAUUGGCGAUCCUGGCAGGAUAAGACAAAUCAUUACAAAUCUUGUUGGGAACUCUAUAAAGUUCACAGAGAGAGGGCAUAUAUACCUGACAGUUCAUGUGGCUGAAGAGGUCAUGAGUUGUUUAGAAGUGGAGACAGGAACUCAGAACACAAACACUUUAAGUGGCUAUCCAGUAGCCAAUAGAAGGCGUAGCUGGGAGAACAUUCGGCUUUUCGACAGAGAAUUACACUCAUCUGAGAUGUCUUUUGCGCCCAUCCCAUCUGAUUCAAUAAGUUUGGUUAUAUCAGUUGAAGAUACUGGUGUCGGCAUCCCAUUUGAUGCCCAAUCCCGCGUGUUCACUCCUUUCAUGCAGGUAGGUCCAUCCAUUGCUCGCAUCCAUGGGGGCACUGGAAUUGGAUUAAGCAUCAGCAAGUGCUUAGUUGGUCUCAUGAAGGGAGAAAUCGGAUUUGCAAGUAAACCCAAUGUUGGUUCUACUUUCACCUUCACCGCGGUGCUCAUGAGGGCACACUGCAAAGGAAAUGAGGUCAAAUCAUCUGAAUUUAAAGGGAUCAAUGCAUUGGUUGUUGAUCAUAGGCCAGUCCGUGCAAAGGUUACCCAGUAUCACUUGCAAAGGCUUGGAAUUAAAACCGAAUUGAUAGCUGACCUAAAUCAGUUCAUUUCUAAAUUAAAAUGUGGAUCACUAACUGUGAAGCUAGUGUUGAUUGACAAGGAAACCUGUCUGAAUGAACCACAUUGCAUGCCUCUUUUGGUUAAUAAGUUGAGGAGCAAAGAGAAGCCAGACUCUCCGAAGUUAUUUCUUUUGGGGAGCCCUGCAAGUUCUCUCAAGGGUGGUUUAGAUACAUCAUCCAGGGAACACAACUUGAAUGUAAUAAUGAAGCCGCUUCGUGCAAGCAUGCUUCAGGUCUCACUGCGACGAGCACUAGGUGGGGUCGAUAAAGUGCACUGCAGGAAUGGAGUAGUUGGCAAUUCAACAUUGGGCAGUCUUCUUCACAAGAAGCAAAUAAUCGUGGUUGAUGACAAUUUUGUUAACCUUAAAGUGGCUGCUGGUGCUCUUAAUAAGUAUGGUGCAGAAGUUACUUGUGCAGACAGCGGGAAGAAAGCCAUCACAUUGCUAAAACCCCCGCACAAUUUCGAUGCUUGUUUCAUGGACAUACAAAUGCCAGAAAUGGAUGGGUUUGAAGCCACUAAAAGGAUUAGGGUGAUGGAGAAAGAGCUAAAUGAGCGAAUAGAACGCGGAGAGGCUCCACCAGAAUGUGCCAGUAUUCAGAGGUGGCGAACUCCUAUAUUGGCGAUGACAGCAGAUGUUAUCCAGGCAACAUAUGAGGAGUGCCUGAAGAGCGGAAUGGAUGGUUAUGUCUCCAAGCCAUUUGAAGGGGAGCAACUGUACAGCGAAGUAGCUCGGUUUUUCCAAAGUCAUGACCAAGUUGAAUAGGUAGGUUUAUAUGGAAUGUAAAUUGGUGGAGGAUGUCGCCGCACACGCCAUGGCACAGAAUUUUGUCCAAUAUGCUUCGUUCCGAAGGGAAUGAAGCAGAAAAAGGUAUCGAGAUGGAACCACCGAUGUUCUGAUUUUAGCACACCAUCUGACCAAGAGGCAAGAUUAACUGUGCAAUUUACAUGACAACAGCAUGCAUGUGCAGCAAAGGUGACAAUUUCUUGAAGUCAAGGCGUGUGAAAAUGGCAGCUGCAUUCACUAACUGCAGAAGCAGCAGAAGCAGAAGUCGACCUAGCAGAUGUCCUCUGCCUUUGUAAUAUAAACUUAGGGAGAGAAAAAAUUUUCCUAUCUCUUUUCUUUUUCCUCGGGAAUUUUUACGGUGUAAAUAUUAGGUGUUGGUGAUAUGUGCAGGCAUUCCUUGGUAUAUUUGGAUGUGUUUUUUUGCACGGUUUGUGGAAGCUGUAAAUGACACGAUUCAAAGGUGAAGCCUUUGUUUUCUUCCAUUUGACAUUUUGACAAGAAUAGUGCUGCUGCCGUCGGCUCUCGGUUGUUCUUUUGCA